UUACAUGUGUAGGGUUGCUUCUACACAGGGUCUUCCCUCACACGCUUCCUCUUCUGCUGCCUCAGACUCCAGCACGAUCCCCGCGCUGUGCUGUCCUCUGACACGGCCCUGUUUUAAGUGUGCAGAAUCUGUGUGUAAUCUGGAGGUGAGAAAUACAGGAAGUCCUUCAGCUGUUGUUGAGUGCGUUCACUCUCCUCCUCUCUGUCACUCUGCCAAUCACCAGACGUAAACGAGUGUGAGACAGGGACCCAUAACUGCCAAGAUGAAGAAAUGUGCUGGAACUAUUAUGGGGGCUUCCGCUGCUAUCCCAGAAACCCCUGUGAGGCGCCGUAUGUCAAGACCUCUGAAAACAGUCGCUGCAUCUGCCGAUCUCACACCGACUGCCAGGGACUCCCGCCGUCGGUCGUCUACAAGUACAUGAGCAUACAGGCGGAUCGCACCGUGCCGGCGGACAUCUUCCAGAUCCAGGCCACCAACAUCUACACCAACACACACAACACCUUCAGGAUCAAAUCUGGGAAUGAGGGAGGAGAGUUCUUCCUGCGGGUGAGACAUUUAUUCACUGGCAGGUGAUAAAUAACUAGCAAAAAC